CUCUGGGGGGGUGGCAGUCCCACACCCGCCGGGCGAUGAACAUCACAAGGAGAAGAGGCUUCUACAGACAGGAGGUGAACAAAACCCUCUGGGAGCUGCCCAGGAGAUACACAUCCCUCCACCCGCUGGGGUCUGGAGCCUACGGCUCAGUGUGUUCGGCCAUAGACAAGAAGACAGGGGAGAAGGUGGCUAUCAAGAAGCUCUGCCGCCCAUUCCAGUCGGAGAUCUUUGCCAAGAGAGCAUACAGAGAGCUCAUGCUGUUGAAGCACAUGCAACACGAGAAUGUCAUUGGCCUUCUUGAUGUCUUCACCUCUGCUGCCUCCUACCAGGGCUUUCAGGAUUUCUACCUGGUGAUGCCAUACAUGCGGACAGACUUACAAAAGAUCAUGGGACAUGAAUUCAGUGAUGAAAAGAUCCAGUACCUGGUCUACCAAAUGCUGAAAGGGCUAAAGUAUAUCCAUUCAGCUGGCAUCAUACACAGGGACCUGAAGCCAGGCAACCUGGCUGUGAACGAAGACUGUCAGCUGAAGAUCUUGGAUUUUGGCUUGGCCAGGCACGCUGAUGCUGAAAUGACAGGCUACGUGGUUACGCGCUGGUACAGAGCCCCAGAAGUCAUUCUGAACUGGAUGCAUUACAACCAGACAGUGGAUAUCUGGUCUAUUGGCUGUAUCAUGGCAGAAAUGCUGACUGGGAAAACGCUGUUUAAAGGAAAAGACUACCUGGAUCAACUGACUCAGAUCCUGAAAGUAACGGGGCAUCCAGGAGAAGACUUUGUGGAGAAGCUGGAGGACAAAGCGGCCAAGAGUUACAUCAAGUCCCUCCCUAAAAUCCCCAAGAAGGAUUUGUCUGUGCUUUUCCCUAAAGCCAAUCCUCAGGCAGUGGACCUGCUUGACAAGAUGUUGCAGCUGGAUGUGGAGAAGCGCGUGACAGCCACGGAAGCGUUGGCUCACCCCUAUUUUGACCAGUUCCGAGACGUUGAGGAGGAGACCGAAGCACAAGAGUCUUACGAUGAUUCUCUGGAACACGAAAAGCUUUCCAUAGAUGAGUGGAGAAAGCAUAUUUACAAGGAGAUCUUGUCCUUCAGUCCCAUUGCACGAAAGGACUCAAAGAAGCGGAGUGGGAUGUCGUUAUAGCAACUGGUAUGGCUGUGGCUGAGAUUCCCUGCUGGAUCAUGGAUCAGGUUUACUCCAUGCUGUUGUGCUGGUGGCCAGCGUUUGGCCUGUGGGACUGCUUUGUGUGCCAGCACAAGGAUGACACCAUGCUGUGAGCACUGGACUUUGUUCUACUAAAGGGGGAAGCACCCCAAGCAGUUUUCAACACAAAAGAUAAAUAUAUUCUCAUUGCAACUUCAA